UUAAGUUGACUUGCCGGCUUAUAUAAUACACACAAAUUAGGCAACCAAACACAGCUUAUAAAUUUUGUCAUAUAUCUUUUGUCCUAUUGAUUUCAUUUCAUUAGAAGAGGUAGAUAGAUGUUGGCCACCCAAAUCUCGAUGUUCGACCUAGACGCUGCGUUGACGAUGGCCGUUGACGCAUCCGAUAGCCAUGAAGAGCGAGAGGAGGAAAAUGAUGAAUCAAAGGUCUGGCGGCUGCUUGAGCAAGUGCCAACGGUGGAAGGCGGCGGCGACACCUCCUGUGCAGUUUGCUCGGAGGGGCUCCGCUUUGGCGGGGCAGCAAAGCGGAUCCCCUGCGGCCAUGUUUUCCAUCAAGACUGCAUUUUGCGCUGGCUCACCCUUAUCUAUUCCUGUCCCUUGUGCCGCCAAAGCUGCCCGCCGCCGCCGCCGGGGACUACUUCUUCUCAUUGACUUCCGGCCUCAUCUCACUUGCUUUUAAUAUAUCUUUAAUUAGCCCUCAUCUCACUUCCGGACACGUUCGCUUUCUUAGUUUUGGCAAGAAAUGCCUCCAAAUCUGGGUAUUUACUGAUAUUCACUAUCCAAGAUAAAUUUAAUGAAAGCCCUAGAAUUGGACUACGGCCCGCACUAUUCACUCUAAAACACCCAGAAAUUAAUCUUACAAGCAAGAUGGUUUUCAUUUCUGGUCCAUCAAGAAAUGACGAUGUAGUUACUCAUUUACCCUCAAACUUCCGUGUCCCAUCACUCACACAAAUUAGGGAUCUUAAAAUUUUCGCAUCAUCCUUCUCUCGUCAAGGCUACUGGCCUACUGCCGGUGGCGCCGCCGCAAGUGACAGCGCACCACCAGCGACCUCGUGCAUCCUCUCUCUCUUUCUCUCUUGCUGGGAACCACUCCCUCUCCCGGAAAACGAUGUGUGCAGCUUGAUGUAUCAAGGCGGUGGAACACCGGAAUGUUACUGUGGUGCGGGCAAGAUGGAGCUCCGGUGUGCCGGCCCGAAAGCAAUGAAUGCGGGAAGGUACUACUUAAAGUGCCCCGCUAAUGACAACCAUCCCAAAUCAUUCAUGUGGUUCGACGAGUUCCUUCAUGACAACAAGCGUCGUAACAAAGAGGUAACAGGCAAACACAUCCGAGAGGGCAGACCGGCGGCUGUAAGAGAUCAUCGUUGCUCGAAGGGUUCGCGUGCGCACGGGACCCAAUCGAGCUCAAAUACUGAAAUGAAGGUUAAUGUGUUGCUUUGUCUGGUUUGUUUAUUGCUUGUCGCAGCGUGUAUCCUGAUUGGGAAAUUAAUGUAAUGCUAGUUUAUCACUGAGCUGAAUAUUAGUAUGUUGUUUGGCUCUGUUUUUAGCUGACGUAAAACAAUUAUGUAAGUUAAUAUUUUGAUGUAGUUAUGAUUAUUGUACAUUAAUAUGUAAUUUUAGGUGUAUCGAAAACAAGGUAAUUUGGAGAA